GUCUUGGAUCCGGUUGGAGUGUAAGACCUCUUGCCUGGAUUCUGGAUGCACAUAUUACGAUGCUGGGUGGAGAAAUGUCAACACGAUAACGCUUCUUAAUAACAAAUUCCGUCAUAAAACGGAUUCCCCCUCAGGGCAGCAGGUUGAGCCGUGCAUGGCGUCUGGCCGGACAGGUAGCUGCAAACUAUGGAUUUAAUCCAAAUCACCCUUUCUGUGCGAGGGCCAACGUCGCUGGGUGAGCAGUUUGGGGUUGUCGGCAGCUGUGAGUCUUUGGGAAACUGGUGUUCGCAGAGAGCCGUGCCGCUCCAGGCGCAGGAAGCCGACGGAUCUUUGUGGAAACAUACCAUCUACGUGCCAAAGGGCGUUGAAUGUAAAUACCGUUAUUUCAAAGGAUUCUUUCUGGAAUCAAAGAACGCUCGUGAUCCAUGUCAAGUCAUAGUCAAUAAGUGGGAGACGCAUCGGCAUCCGAGAGCGUUCAACUCAGAAUCGGACCUGGUUAUUGACGACGGAGAGUUUGGCCUUUACAAUGAUGUGCAGUGUGUUGACUCCGGGUGGCUCACGUGGCAGACAGAGAUUCGGCUCAGGCUGCACUUCUCAGAGAAGUCUCCGGUGUCCAUCACCAAGAAGAAGUUCAAGAAGUCCCGAUUCAGGCUGAAGCUGAGCCUGGAGGGCUUUGAGGAGGAGGGGGAUGAUGAAGAGCAGAGUCCGUGCUCGUGCAGUCGCAUGGCGAGCACGCUGGAGAUGAGCAUGAUCAGCGCCGGAGGCUACAGGUCCCGCCACUCGCAGCCCGAGCACGGCUACGCACUGGAGCCCGGCCGCUGGACCGAGUACAGCAUCCACACCAUGGACCCCGACAACCUGGAGCUCACCUUCGAGUUCUUCGAGGAGGACCUUGGCGAGUGUGUGUUGCAGGGCGAUGUGCACCCCGGGCUGGUCGGGACGGCCUGCCUGCUCUCCUCCUCCUUCCACGAGAGCGGCCGGAACACUGGCCUGGUAACCCUGCCCAUCAUGAGCCGCAUCUCCCGCCAGACCAUCGGCAAAGUGCGCGUGGACUACCUGGUGAUCCGGCCCAUUAAAGGUCUGAUGUGUGACAUGAGCUCCUGCUUCACUAAGUACUGGAGGAAGAGGAGCGCCCUGGACGUGGGGCACAGAGGGGCUGGCAGCACCCGCCACGCAGCCAAACACACCAAAGUCCGAGAGAACACCAUCGCCUCCUUCAAAAGUGCUGCCAGCCAUGUGGAGUCUUUUCUUACUUUUCCUUUAAAUUACUUUUAAAUGACUACUUCUGGGCAUCAUCUCACCUGGGCAUUAUCUUCUGUGUUUUCUCCACAGAAAAAUGAUAAACAUUCUCUGGAGCUGUUUGAAGUUCCUGUGAAGGAUCUUACGUUCCACCAGCUGCAGCUUCUAAAGCUGGCUCAUGCCACGGCCAUGAAGGUGAAUGAGCAAGAUUCCCAGGAUGAGGAGGAGUACAUCGCGGAACACCAACCCUUUCCUUCGCUUGACCAGAUUUUCCAAGCGGUCCCAGAACACGUGGGGUUCAACAUCGAGCUGAAGUGGAUCACACGACUGAAGGAUGGCUCCUGGGAGGGAGAUGUCUCCUCAUACUUUGAUAUGAAUCUGUUCCUGGACAUCAUCCUGAAGUGUGUCCACCAGAACGCCGGGAAGCGCAGGAUCGUCUUCUCCUGUUUCGACCCCGACGUCUGCUCCAUGGUGCGGCGGAAGCAGAACCGGUACCCCAUCCUGUUCCUGACGCAGGGCGUGUCCAUGGUGUACCCCGAGCUCAUGGACAUCCGCUGCCAGACCACGCCCAUCGCCAUGAGCUUCGCCCAGAGCGAGGACAUCCUGGGCGUCAGCAUGCACACGGAGGAUCUCCUGAGGAACAUGGACACCAUCGGCGAGGCGCACGCCAAGGGCCUGGUGCUGUUCUGCUGGGGCGACGACAACAACCAGCACGAGACCCGGCACAGGCUGCGCGAACACAACAUCGACGGGCUCAUCUACGACAGUAUCUGCGAUGAGGCUCUGGACCAGCUCAAUAUCUUCAAGAUGGAGGAGCAGAUGUCGCUGCAGGAGAUGCUUCCGGAACAAACGCUGAAGAGCUGCGCCUGCCCCAGCUACAGUCUGCCCUGUGCGUCGCUGCCCUGCCCUGGGGGGCCAGGCGGGGGCAGUGGGGAGUCCGACUCCGGCCUCAGCUCCUCCUAAACCCCGCUGCACAUGCAGGGGAGAGGGACGGACACUCUGUAAUCUCUGAUUAGCUUUGCAUGUCUGACGUAACCAGUCUGAACUCCCCUGCCCUGCUGCAGCACACCGAAUGCACAUGCCCAAGACUGGGGUCACUUCAGUGACUCUUGAUGCCGGCAAAAGUUUGAAAUCACUCCAGCACAAACUGUUGUUCCUUUUCAGAGAAACUGAUAACAAUAAAUAACAUAAACGUAAUGUAAUCUCGGAGGAAAACAACAGGUUUGAAUGUUUUAAAUAUCUUGCGAUUGGUAAAAACUAUUUCUGAAAUGGUGUGCCAUUUUACCGGUGUCGAAAGGGUUAAAGUGUGUGACCCCAGUCUGGAGCCCCUGAUACACACACACACACACACACACACACACACACACACACACACACACACACGACUCGCUGAAUUUGAGCGUUUGAAUCUGGCUGUUGCUGUGCAACAAGCUCAGGGUUAGAUGUUAAACUGGAGAAGGCAGGAGCUGGACUGUAGGUCUAGACCAAUGUUGCCAUGUCAUUUUAAUCUUAAUGUCAUUUAGCUGAUCAGCGCUAGCUAGUGUGUGCCCUCUUGCCUCUCUGCGUGUAUUGGUGUUAUUUAUUUCGACUGUUGGGUCUGUAAGGUCGCUGUGCCACACGCCAAUGUGGAGGAUAGAAGCCAAUAGACCUCACCUUUCCGUGCCAAGCUCACACUCCGAGCCCUGCUGUACCACAGGAGGCCUGUCCUCAGUCAUGCAUUCCACACAUGGGGAGACCCCCAGUGGAACAGAUUCUCUGACACCGUGUCAGCGCUGUCCUGCAGGGUAAACGCGCUUACAUAUUAAAGCUCUUAUAUUCAUUAACACACAAAAGUGAAAGGAAGUUGAUCUCUGGUAACAUUAGCCACACAGCACAAUGCAAGCCAUAAUUCUUAAAAAUAGCUUGACAUAACCGUAACUCUUCCUGCAUGGGCAAUAGUCUUCAUAUGACGCAAUAAUUAGGUGUACAAUAGCUGUAAUUUUAUUUUUGUAUUAAUCCCUGUACUCAUAAACAGUACAGAAACUAGAAGUGUAUCUGACCGCUCGACGAGUUCACUGGAUGUAUCUAGUGUUCGUAGCCAGUGUAUAAUCUUCAUAGUUAUUCUACUUAUUUUCUUCCAUAAGUGCUUUAGACUUAGUUAGAUAGCACUUUUGCAGUUUUGGUUUCUGGUGCUCGCAAAGCAGCUAAACAAACAAACAAACAUUCUCUGAGGGCAUCGUGCCAAGGUCGGCAAACCAGAACUCAGAGAUUCCGAGCAUGUAUGGAAUGCUGCCAGGUGGCACUGUGAACCCUGCAGGGUGUGUGCACAACACAAACCAACACACAAACCAACACACACACACACACACACACACAGACACACACACACAGACACACACACACACACACACAGACACACACACACACAGACAAACACACACACACACACACACACACACACACACAGACACACACACACAGACACACACACACACACACAGACACACACACACAGACACACACACACACACACACAGACACACACAGUCUGAUCCUGGAGGGGGGACCACAAAGUGCAUUAUGGGUAGUUUGGCCCCUGAGACCUGACAACAUUCUUAUUUUGCUGUUGUGUCAGAAUGUAACUUAAUAUCAGAGUCCUGGUCAGUCCAGUCCAGUUCAGUCCAGUCCAGUUCAGUAGGCUGAGGAGGAGUUACCCAGAUUGCCUAAUGGGUAUUUCUCCAAUUCAUUAACUGAAUUGUGGGUAAUUGCCUGAAUUGAAAUUGAAUUGAACCCAAACCCUGGUAAACAUCAUUUUUAGACCAUUUUAUUAACUGUUUUUAAACAAACUCUAGAAUUGUACUUGAAUGCUGGUUAUUUCACAGUCUUAAUGGAGAACUGAAAAGCUCUACAGACCAAGGCUUUGUGUUUUUUCCUCUGUCUGAACAAACAUACCUCUGCUCAUUUUCCACAAAACAAUUCUGUCUGUAAAAUGCAAUGCUUGGGACUCUGGGGUGUUUGUCACUAUGAGACAUUCUGUACAGUCUGUUUUAUCCUGCCAUAGACCACUGCAAGGUGUGAGACUUGAUUUUGCUGCAGACGUUGUGUGCGCUUGGCUACACUGUGAACACACAGCGCACUGUUGGCCCUGACUCCUACCCUGGGCUGUGUAAACUGCAUGUGUAAUUAACGCCUCCCUCCAGAGGGGGCAGGAAUUAAACUCAUUAUCGCUGA